UACAAUACUUUCUUAAAUAUUAUUUACCUUACAAAAUUUUCACAAUAAUUUUGAAAAAGGCUCUCUGUCCCUGUUUCACUUUCCCAUCAGAAUAUCUAUAUUGUAACUCAUAUUCCUUUUAGCAUUAAUUAUCACGAGAAAACUCUGUGUUAAAGAGGGAACUAAAGUUAAUUAUCUUGGAGCAGCAAUACCAGCAGCAGCAACAACAGACGCAGCAGCAGCAGCAGUAACAAAAGACACAUGAGCAGCAGAAGCAGAAGUAGCAGGAACAGCAGCAGCGUGAUGGAAGGAAAGUGUGAAGGGCAAGAGUGAGGAAGAUGAGGGGAGCACAAGUCAUGGUGGUGGGGACGGUAGGACUCCUACUGCGAUGGUUGCCGGUGUGUGCUUGCCUCAGCCUCAACCAGCACUCACGUAUAAGCAGCCACGAUUGUCGAGGGAUUGCUGCUAUUUUAAAUAAGAUGGAAAAAGUAACAGAUAACGAUUGCCACCAGAGUCUAUCAAACAGUCCCCGUAGCAUUAUCAUUCUGAUCAACAAUCGUACUUGCGACGACACUAUGGAUAAAACCUUCGGACAGUGGCCUCCAGUACCCGUUCAAGGCUGUGUGAGGAAGCUCCCUGCGUGUCGACACUCGCCACACGUCUGUGGGGUUCCCGGGAAUGUAAGCUUUGUCAGUGUGUCGUGUGUAAGCGACACAGGAACCUGGAUAGCUGCGCUAGUCCCCUGUGAUGAGAGUUCGUGCUGUGUGUGCUUACUCCCGUCGUCGUACGAUGGGAGUAAGUCUGUGUCAGAUGCACUGAAAGAGAGUAAUACGACGCUUCCGGAGGAUUGUCCACAGACGCGUGCUGAUGCAGAAGGGAACAGUAAUCAAACUACCGCUAAUGACCCAUACAGUAGCAAGAUACAUGCUAAUGACUCAUACAGGAGAAAAAUACAUACGACUAAUCAUACAGUCACGUCCGUUUAUAAAGUAUGCACAGUUUAUGAUACUGGUACUUGCAGCGGACAACUAGAUAUGUGGUACUUGUGGGAAGUGACUCUGGACACCAUUAUAUGUCUGAGUAUAAUGGGUUUUAUUAUCUUCACUAUUUAUACUAUUUGGAAAAAGAUUAUUAAAGAUAAUUUUCAGACUUCACAACAAGAAAGUAUUGAACUAGAUAGUGAAGAAACUCUUAUAGAUAUUCACGAAGUCUCACCCUAAAGACUCAUCAACUAAUAUAAAUAAAGCUCCAAAUAAAGCCUCAAUGGUCAUGGAACCAACAAUAAUGCUCUCACAGUAAGAAGGUAAAGAUGACCUUAAUAUUAAAUAAUUCCAGACGUUCCAUACAGACUUGAAGUAUGAUGUGUGUAGUAAAGAUGCAGGAACACCUAAGUGAAGAUGCAGGAACACCUAAGACUGUGUCACUAAAGAGACACUAUAAACGUCUGAGUCUCCUUGACAACGGAGCCGACUCCUUGGUUACGUAGAUAAUGUCUGGAGACUGUUGUUGGUAAGGGAUCCGAUCCAUGUACAGUGGGUAUUCACCCCGUUAUCUUUAUGUGCUACCAUGUACAAAAUACAAAGUGUUAACCUAACCAGUAACCUACGAACCCAAGCCACCCACCUAACCUAACCUAACCUAACCAAGCAUAGAAAAUGUGAGCUUUUGUGAGCCGCAACUUUUUAUAGUGAUUUCUGAUUUGCACGUUGGAGGGUCAUAAGUUACACAGUGAGAUGUAAUAUUCAAGAGGAUUGGUUGGGGGUAUUAAUUAAUGCUCUGAGCGAUGUUGUGUCGUAUUUCCAUAUGAGUAAAGCCCUAGUUUCUGCGAAUAUUAUGAAAUACAAAGUUUACAUGUAUCUUCUCUGUCAAAAGUAAUUAUCACGACUCAAGUUCUUUCUGAAAUGUCCCUAUUGGCAAAAUUUAACUCAUUAUUUGAAUUGUUCAAAUGAUGUACAUAAGAACGAUUAGUCUCUAAGGUUAUAUGGAAACAUAAUUAUUAUAAAGUAUAUUAUAUGACUGCUUUGUUAUCCUUUAGAGACUUGUUCAACUGAUAAUUACCUCAUGGUUAAUGAUAAAUGUAAGGAGGCCCAUUAAACAUUCUCUCUAUCUCUGUCUCUGUCUCCCUCUCUCCCUCUCUCUCUCUCUCUCUCUCUUUACGGUUCGACUUCCCAAAGCAAACAACGAGUUGUGUGCCAACCAUCCAAUAAAUAUUGUUGAAUUUGAUGGGAAAAGUUUGAAAGACCACUUGAAACUUACUCUAGAAAUCAUUUCUUUUCAUCCCGGAGUAUCUGUUUCUAUUCCUUUAGUACAAAACAUUUCUUUUGCCGUUUCAACUUGAAGAAUUUAGUUUUCGUUUAAUUUACAAAAACCCGUAUAGGAUCUUUCACGUCGCAAUCAUGUUCUCCUUCUAGAUCUUCUCUUACUAAUGUAGGAACAGCCAUUGCUUUCAGUCUUUCAAUGGGCACUCAGUUCUUUCGUUUUACCUACUUCAAUACAUGAAGUCUAUUAAUAAAUUUUGAAGCACGUUACUGGGAAAGGUCUCUCGCUGCAGGACCAGGUUGGUGUUUUUUUGCAUUUCGUUGUAACUAAUUGAUCAUAUUCGGUGUAACCUGGAAUUUCCUGAAUCAGCUUCAGACCUGAGCAGUGGAAAUCAGUUUCAAUAAAGAUUAUUUUAUUGUUUAAUUAUCGUUAGUAUUAUUUUAGUUUAAACUGGUAUGGGUCAUCAAUUUCAAUACGUUAGAGAUUCUUCUCUAUUAUAUUUAUAUCAAUGUUACUUAGAAGGUCAAUCUGGAACCUUAGAGCAACUUUAUCAACUUUUACUAAUAGUAAAUGUAGCCAGCGUAGAAAUAGAGCUUCAUAUAUGUUGACAAACUUCCUCAGUUUGUUUUUAAUUUCUAUAACACCAUCUGCGAGCAUCAUCAAAGAGUAUCUCUCCGAGUACGUUGUUCACACAUUGAGACUCGUUUGGUUCUAAUUUCUGAUACUAGGAAGUUUCUACCUGUCAAGGUAAGACAGACGAGAAUGUAUGCUUGAUGGUUAUCAGUGUAAAAACACGACUAUCAACACCUGUGGUUGAGUGCUUAACAACACGGUACACGAUAUGAUAUCUAACAGAUCUCUGACGCUGUCCCUGGAGGACAGGAAAUAAUAUAUGUUCCUUGGCUGAAUACGUCUGUGGUAGAAAAAAUCAUACUAGCACGCCCUCUCUAAAUACUGAUUAUAUAUAACAGAUAAUUAACCACUAAUGUAACAUUCUUGAUCCGUCAGCCUGUCUUUUAAUUGUCAGAUUUUCAUAGUUCAUCUCCAUCACUCUGUUUUUAUGGAUCUCUUUUUGUUUUGUUUAGGUUAGUGAAAGUGAUAUACCUUCAAUAAACCAGCGUUUGUGUUCUGUAAAAUAUAAUCUAUUCAUUCCAGCUAGCCUUCUGUUCUUCUUAGUAUCUUUUAUGAUGAGGGUACACGAUACGUAUGUCUACACCAGUAUGUAGUUUGUAGCUUUCUGUCUUCCUCCAUUAUUAUUUUCCUUUCCUAUUUGAUGUCUCUCUAGUUUCCACUGUAAUACUGAAUGUUUCUC